GCCGCGGGGCGGGGGGCGGGGCGGAGGCAGGCCACGCCCACCGGCGUGUGUUUAAAAGACGCCUGCACGCGCCGCGCCGGGCUCGGGUGUUCGGAUUCCCUGCGCGGUUGUUCACGACGAGGUUCGGCUGCUCCGCUUGCGGGGAGGCUCCGCGUCUCUGACUUAAAAUGCCUGUCUGGGGAGGUGGCAACAAGUGUGGGGCCUGCGGGAGGACCGUGUACCAUGCAGAAGAGGUGCAGUGCGAUGGGAGGAGCUUCCACCGCUGCUGCUUCCUAUGCAUGGUUUGCAGGAAAAAUUUAGAUAGCACAACAGUGGCAAUUCAUGAUGAAGAGAUCUACUGCAAAUCCUGCUAUGGAAAGAAGUAUGGGCCCAAAGGCUAUGGUUAUGGCCAGGGUGCUGGCACGCUCAACAUGGACCGUGGUGAGAGACUGGGCAUCAAGCCAGAGAGUGUUCAGCCUCACAGACCUACAACAAAUCCGAACACUUCUAAAUUUGCUCAGAAAUACGGAGGUGCUGAGAAGUGCUCCAGAUGUGGGGAUUCUGUGUAUGCUGCCGAGAAGAUAAUUGGAGCUGGAAAGCCCUGGCACAAAAACUGUUUCCGAUGUGCAAAAUGUGGAAAGAGUCUUGAAUCAACAACUCUGACUGAGAAGGAAGGAGAAAUCUAUUGUAAAGGAUGUUAUGCAAAGAACUUUGGGCCUAAGGGAUUUGGUUAUGGCCAAGGAGCAGGAGCUCUCGUUCACGCUCAGUAAAGGUGCAACCCCAGAACUGUUACACACCAAGAAUCUUCUCAUAAUCUAUACACCGAUAAACUACUGUGAAAAUCCACCAGCAUUAAGUACUGUGUAUUGCCUGUAAUUGGCUAAGCUGGCCAACUUGCAGGAAGAGAGCAGUGUAUUCUUUUGCUUUAUUCACCAGCAUUUUCAAGAACCCUUUCUUCAUUUUAAAUAAAACUUCAGUUUGA